CGAACAGCUGUUUACCGGCGCGUGUUUGUGUUUUUUUUCUGAGCCGCCCCGCUUUUGGUGACUGUUUCAUAAUAUUAAAGAAAUCUGAAUGAAGCUGAGGCAAUGCAGCGAACGCGUCUGUUGCAAAGUGUGUGGGUGCGUUUAACGCGACUCGGGCAGUUGCCAGCCGGUGUUCUGCCCACCACAUCCCACGGAUUACGUUAUGCAACGAACCCGUCUCUUACUCUGGCCGGGACUCCUGUCCACCAUCUUCAGCCACGAUGCCUGAGCAGUAGCAGUAGUAGCUGCUCUGCGGACAAAGGAGGCGGUCGCAACAUGCGCCCGUCUGGUUCGACGGCUCCCAUAAGCACCGAGGGUCUGUGGACGCAGCUGGAGGCUUAUUACCAGCAGCACAGUUUGCUCAACUAUGAGCAGUGCCGACGUUUGCUGGAGAAUCUUCAGAGCACUCGCGCAGCGGAGGGGCUGGGGCUCAGUGCUACGCAGCUGCACUUCCUGCUUGGCUCGUGCGUCCCCGAGCUGCUUCCCGCCCAAAGCGCACAGGAGCGCCUGCAGCUUUUUCAGAGCUUGUGGAUACAGCUGCUUAAGCAGGGGCAGCCGACCCUGGCCCAUUACCACACACAAUUGGAGGUUCUGCGGCAAAACCGGCUACCACUGGCCGACUAUCGGGCACUGCUGGCCGAAAUCGGCGUCUACCAUGGGACCGCGGAUGCCUCGUUCUACAGCAUCCUGCUAGAUGUGGCCUGCUCUGCGGGGAAUAUGCGCCAAGCUACCGAGUUGCUAGCGGAAAUGCGGGAGAAGAACUUUCCUCUGACGGAGGCCAACUUUCACGCCCUGCUCCUGGGCCAUGGACGCAGCAAGGAUUUGCCAGGAGUCGAGUCCGUGUUGUCCAGCAUGCGGGCUGCUGGAAUCUCGCUGAGUGCCAGCACCCAAGCGAUUCGCUUCGCAGCCUUUGUGGAAAACGAUGAGGUUGCCAAGGCGAGGGAUCUGCUGCAGGUCCACAGUGGUUUCACAGCCCCCCAGAUACUGCAGAUGCUGCGCGUCACCCUUUAUAGCCAGUCGGUGGACAACGAUCUUGUUCAGCAGCUGGUCAAAGAGUUGCCCAAGGACUAUCUGACUGGAUUCGAUGUACCCCCGGCCCUGAAGAGCCUCUGCAUCGAACUGGUGCACCAGGGCCAGGCCCAGCUGGCAAUCCGACUGGUGGCUGCACUGCCAACACCCACGUUCAAUGGCAACCAGAACGUGGACGAGUACGCGGCGCUAAUCCUGCAGGAGUUCUUCCGCGCUCACGUGCCCAUAGAGGAGACGCUCCAGUUCGCCCACGAGCUGAGCCAGCGCGGACAGAACCAGCGGGCCCUGCACCUGGUCACCGAGCUGGCCCUGCGCCGGCUGCCUGCCGCAGCCCUACGCUGCUUUGAGGCCCUCUGUGCCGCCGGAGAGGAACUGCGACCGCAUUACUUCUGGCCCUUGAUUCUGCAUCAACACCGACGGAAUGGCGAGAGUGGCAUGCUCCGAUUGGUCUCUGAGAUGAAACGACUGCGUGUGGAGUGUGACGAGGACACCCUGCGCCAAUACCUCCUGCCCAACCUUGUGCAGACGCUGCAGGAGCCGCUGCAGGCCCUCCAGCAACUGGAGUCGGUGGGCAUUAAGCCCUCCCAAGUCGUUGUCCACGUGAUCACCCAACUGCUGCAGCAGCACCAGCAACUUCCCGAGAUCCUGGAUCUCCUCCAGCGCUAUCCCACGCGCCUCCAGCUGUUCUCGCUCCUCCAACCUCUGUCCGCCCUCUCGGUCCACGCCCGGGCCACGAAGCGCUUCGAACUGUUCGCCCAACUUGUACAGGCACUGCAGCUUCGGUCGCUGCAGAAGGAAGAGGACUUCGUCGGCGCCCUGCUCAUUCAAAUGUGUGGCCCCCAAAUGCGACUCCGACAGGAUGCCACCUCCCUGCUCAAAUUCGUGCACGAGCUGCGACGCCUGGAGCUGCAAAUGUCGCCGGCCGCCGCCGAAGCUCUACUCUCGAUCGCCCGACAAGGCACAGAGGAUAACCAGGUGCUCCAGGCGCUGGGCAAGACGAUUCAAAAGAUGCGCAACGCCAAGCUUACCCUACCGGCAGACUCGGCUACUCACGGCGGAUUCAUCAAGCACCCGCGCGACAUGAGCCAGGACGAGCUGGAGUGCCAUCUCAUCGAGCUCGAGUCGAAGAAGCUUAAUACACGCGGUGUCCUGCGACGCCUGCUGCAGUUGUCCGUGCGGAACGGCCGCUUGGAACGGGCCCAGCAACUGCUGGUCAAGUGUCAGACACUCAAUGUGCAGACCAGCGCCGGCAUGCUGGCCUCCAUCUUCGAUCUGCACAUCAAGCAGCGCGAUCUGGCACGGGCCCAGCAGAGCCUGGAGAAUCUGCAGAGCACUUACCCAGGUUUUCUGAUCGAUGAGCAUAAACUGAUCGACUUUGCCGGCCUUCUGGUGCAUGGCGGUCAGCUGGAGGCAGCCAAGCAGGUGCUGCAGCGACGUGCCGACGAGCAUAAGGUCAUUGGAGGCACUUACGUGAUCAAGAAUGUGUGGCAGCUGCUUACCAAUGUGGCCCAGAUGGCCGCAGAUACGAAUCAACAGGAAGCUGGAGGUGUAGCAGGAGCACCGGCUGCUGCAUCUGCUGGCCGCAACUUAACUCAAGAGACACUGGACUUCCUGCGGCAGCUGGGAUACUGCCAGGUUCACAAUGCUCUCCUCGGGCCCGUUCUGCGAGAGUGGUUGCUGCGCGGGGACUUGGACGCAGCAGUCGCCGAGUUCCAGCGUCUGGCCAGCCAGCACAAGCACACGCCGCUGCAGUUCGAACUGCUGUCGCUAUUGGUGCGACUGGGCAAUGGGAACGCGGAGGAGCUGGCACGCUUCAAGGGUGCCACGGCGGGCUCUGCCCAGCAGCACUUGGCCGCGGUGACGGCGACUGUGAGCCGUGUGCACGGGGCAGCGAACAUGAAUAGCGCCCUGCUGCUGGCGCUGGCCGAAUCAGGCACAGAGACGCAGCUGCGACGGCUAAUCAUUAACCCAGAGUUCCGCAUCAAUCACGAUUUGCUGAUAAAGAACUGCGAGCACCUUGGACAGGAGGGCGCCGUACGCACCCUACUGCGUCUGGCCCGGGGCGUACGUGGCGUGCAGCGCAGCAUCGAUGAGCAGCGCAUCUACGACAUGCUGCUCUCCCAGUUCAGUAAGAGCAACAACUACGAGGCGGCCCUGGAUCUGUUUGAGCGGCUCGAGGCCGAUGACGAGCUGAAGGUGUCCCCGGAGUUCAUCCGCAACCUGGUCAAGCUGCUGCAACUAAAUAACGUGGAGAUACCGAGCGGCAUAGCGUUGCGUGCACAAAUUAGAUAGCCGCAUUUUUAGUUGUUAACUAAAGCUCCCUAAGCAGAGCUUCGACGCGAUGUUUUUUAAGUUAAACCAACCUAAGAACGCAAUAUAACAACAAGGUAGGACGCGCGUGUUGAAAGAUCCGAGAACAGUUCCCGAUGGAAUGUUGUCGCCCAAAAAUAAGUUGAUUACACGAGUUUUUAUAUUGAUAAAUUGUACAAAUAAGAAAACAAUUUGGUAACAUUUGUAAUUAGUUAAAAAAUCGGUGCAACUGGUGCGGCCGGCCGAAGGCACGCCCUUUUGUAUAUAAUCAGCCAUGCUCCGGGCCUACCAAAUUCUUAGCGAUUAUAAUUUGGGGAAAUAUGCAUACGAA